AUGCUCGACUCCGUGCGCUAUGUCACCUCCAAGGACGGUAUAAAAAUCUGUACCUACUCCGCUGGUAAUCCGUACAAACCCGCGGUCGUUUUCAUACCCGGAUUCUGUUGCACGGCCCUCGCUUUUGUAAAGCAAUUCGAUGACUCUAACCUCCUCACGCACCUGCAUGUAAUCGCAUACGACAUCCGAGGCCAGGGCCGAAGUGACACGCCCGCGGAAGAGAGCGCGUACGUGUCGCAGCGCCAUGCCGAGGACUUCAAGGCGGUCUACGACGCCUAUAACUUGCACAAACCAUUUGUAUCGGGCUGGAGCCUCGGCGCCAUCGUCCCAACCGACAUCGCGACCUACUAUGGAGCUGACCUGAUGGCCGGCGUGAUCAUCACUGGUGGUUUCCCGUAUCGCAGCAUGCACCCCGAGGUUGCACACCCAACCAUCAUGAGCAUAGUGCCUGACCUAGUCAGCGACGAUAUCGCCGUGUUCUCCAAGGCUUGCGAGGUGUUCGUCGAGUCGUGUUUUGCGGAGCCUGCGCGUGAUCUUCCGUACGACACCAAGCUCGCGUGGAUAGGCGGUGUCACGGCAAUGGUCCCCGCGGCGCGGCGACACAUUAUCAUGCGCACCCAGGACGAGAGCGCGAUUUUGACCACACGGAACACGCUUCCGUACCUCAUCUUGCAGGGCGACAAGGACAAUCACGUCGUUUGGGAGAACCUGCAAAGGUUCAUGGAAGAGACGUUCGAGAGAUCCGAGUUCGUGCUUCUGCGCAGCGCCGGGCAUGCACCGUUCUUCGAGCAGCCGCAAGAGGUCAACCAAGCGAUCCUCAACUUCCACGCGGCUCACGCCAGGAGACAUCAUACGCGUGUCGAUCGAGCAUGGUUCGCAAAUGCGAUCAACAUCUCCAUGGGGCUGUUGAAGGAACGUCUCUUGCCACAGCCCGAAAAUUCGUACCGCGUAUUAUCGACCCACCAGUGCCUUCCGCGAUCCCGUCCUGCAUAUCGUGGACACCAUCGCCGGGGCCCCUACUUCCGCCUGGCAGAACGUCCCUUAGAUGCAGGGGCUCGUUAUCACAUCGAGCGAUACAUCGGUAAACCUUCCCGUCCCUUUCCGCCUCUAUACAGCGCUGUUUGUGCCGCUUUGACUGUGGAUCCCGAUGAUACGACCCUUGGAAACGGGCCGGGUCAUGCGUCCGAGCCAGCAGCAUGGCACCUCGACCUGUCCAUUCAUUCGUAUCGGAAAGCCGUAGCGCUCUUUGCCCAUCACGACGAUGACCGGCUCUACUCUCUUGCGAACCUAGGCAAUUCCUUGCACCAUAGGUACCGAUUAUCGAAGAACGUGGAUGAUGCAGAAGAAGCUGUAAGGGUUUUUCAUAUCGCCUUCGAAGAAUGUCCCGAGGGGCACGACUUGAGGCCAUACAUCAUCAAUUCCCUUGACUGCACCUUCCUCGACAUAUGUCAUUGGAUGUUACACAUGUUCCACCACCAGCCAGCCAAGAACAUUGACUUCUUGAACGAAGCCACUGUUCUUGCCAGGGAGGCGUUGCGCGUCUUCUCCUAUAUCGAUAGCGGGGGACGCUUAAGGUGGCUUUUGCGGCUGGCUCACAUGCGCCAGACCAUGUUCAGCCAUACGGGCGACCCCAAUAUCAUUGAUCAGGCGAUGCGCCUCAGCACGGAAGCGUUGACCUUGACGCCACCAGGACACCCUCGACGAGCGGACGCGCUGACGACAAUGGCGAGCAUCAUGUGUCUUCAGUUUGACCAUUUGGACCGUCCUCCGACGCUUGAAGACUUACAGCCUGUGGAUCACGCGGCACGACUACUGGAAGAAGUGCUCAGGCAUCGUCCAGAAGGGCACAAAAGUCGAGGAGAUGCGCUUACAUUCCUUGCUGUCGUCGCAAAACAUCGGUUGGACAUCGUGUCCACUGGCGCCCAGGAUCGAAGGGAGUUGUUGUCCAUUCGGAAAGAAGCUCUAGAGGCUUGCCCUCCUGGCCAUAUGCAGCGGCAUCAAGCUCUUUACUGUCUUGCGCUGGACAUCGUUGAGCCCUCGUCUUUCACGCCUACGGAAGAGGAUCUGGAGCUUGCCAUGCGAUGUUCGAUGGAAGCAAUGGCCAUUAUGCAAGACGGUCAUCCUGCCCGGUUCAUGGCACACUACUGCUUGUCGUGCCUCUACCUCCGUCGUGGUGACUACACGACUUCUAUAGCUCACCUUAUUGCCAUGAUCGAUGAUAGUUUGGGCAACGUCAAAGAUCGGGUGGCAUGCUCUAUGCCGGUGAUUUCCGAGUUGCAGAAGCGGUUUAUGUCGCCGGAUGCUGACGUUCAGCACGAGGCCGUCGACGCUUUGUUAGAGGUUUACAGUCGCGUGCUACGCCUACCACCCCGGAUGGCCUUUAGGGCCGCCAGCAUUCAGACUCGACUGCGACAGGUUACAACCUGGGAAACCUUAGCUCGCGAUGCGGCGGUCACUGCGCUCAGCGUCGGGCGCCCGGAGUUGGCCAUCGAAUAUCUGGAACAAGGGCGAGCGAGCUUCUGGAAACAGAGCUUGCACCUCCGCGAGGACUUCGAUCAACUGCCUGAGGGUAUGUCUCGAGACCUGUUACAACUUUCGCGAGCGCUCGAGGAAGGAAGUUUUCGACAUGACCAACCUGAAUUUGCCCGUCAAUGCCUCAGCGAGAAAUUCGAUACGCUCGUCAUGGAGGCUCGCAGAUUACCGGGCAUGGAUCGCUUCCUCAUGGGUUAUUCCUUUGAAGAGCUAGCUCGGACGGCGGAGACGUCUCGAGCGCACGUCAUCAUGUUGGUACCGGGAGCCCGCGACGGAUGUCACGCGAUCGUCAUCGGACAAGACCGUUCCUGCAAGUGGGUCCCUUUACCAGGCAUCACCGCCCAAGAACUGGGCAAGCACGCUGUAAGCUUCAAACAAGCGAACAUAUCCUAUAGGAAAGAGCUGCGACAACGUGAUCGACCGUUCAAUGUACGUUUGAUGGUGAAGAAGAAGGCCAAGAAACCGCGUGAAGGCGGUAACAUUGUUUUGACGCAGCUUUGGAACGCAGUGGUACAACCGAUUGUAGCUGCCCUCGGUCUGGUGAGGGCUGCGGGGCGAGAUCGCCCACGAGUUAUGUGGAUACCUACAGGGGUAUUCGCAUUCGUUCCUGUUCACGCUGCCGGGCUUUACGGGGAGGAUAAGGCCGAAUCUUGCGCCGACUACUUGGUAUCCUCCUACGCUCCGACUUUGAGUAGCCUUCGGACCGCGCAGAAGAAGCUGAAGCCAAUCCCGCGCGAUACGACGAAGAUUCUGUUGGCUGCUGCGCCCUCGCCAUACGACCCUGAAUGGCAGCCUCUGCCAUACACGGCGCACGAACUAUCCGAGAUCAAUUCGGUGGUACCUCGUGACGCGUUCAUCUGCCUGCCGCUCGAGGACGACGCUAGCAACGGAGGCGAGUGCGGCGCACGCGUCCGGACCGUAUUGGAGGAGCUCCCGAACGCGACCAUCCUCCACUUGGCUUGCCACGGAUAUCAGGAUUCCAAGAACCCCCUGGCCAGCGGUUUCCUGCUGCGCGACGAGAUGCUGACCAUCGCCAAGCUGAUGCCGACUUCGCUUCCGAACGCCUUCCUAGCCUUCCUCAGCGCGUGCGAGACCGCAAAGGGCGACGCCAGCCGUCCUGAUCAGGCUGUCCACCUUGCAGCGGCGAUGUUGUUCACCGGGUUCAAGAGCGUGAUAGCCACUCUAUGGUCCAUGGGAGACGUGGACGGACCACUGGUAGCGCGGACGGUCUAUGAAGAGCUGUUCCGGGGAGACUCAGAGUUUCUCGAUCCCCAUAUCGUCCCAUAUGCUCUCGAUGCUGCAGUGCAGAAGCUGCGAGAAAUCGAUCCCACCCCUAGUCGAUGGGCACCUUACAUCCAUAUUGGAUGUUGA